AUGCCCUCGUCAGGAUCGGAAUCCAAGGGCCCAAGCCGGGCCCGCCUUCUCAGCGAGGGCACGCCGGAGUGGAUCGAGCAAUGGAGCCCCGAGGUGUUCCGCAAGGUCGGCUACGGAAUGGCGGCAGGGGUGGUGGCGACGGGGGCGCUCGGGGGUCCGUUGACGGGCCUUGUCGCGGCGGUGCCGGUAGCCGGGUACUGGUGGCUGGGCCUCCGAGACCUGAAGCAGGAGUCGAGCACCCUCAAGCGCAACUUUCCGGUACUGGCCAACAUCAGGUUCCUGCUGGAGUCGAUCCGGCCGGAGAUUCGUCAGUACUUCAUCGAGUCGGACAGCGAGAGCGUGCCCUUCUCGCGCGCCCACCGCUCCGUCGUCUACGCUCGCGCGAAGGGCUCCUCCGACACCCUGCCUUUUGGCACCCGCAGGGACCUCUACAAGGAAGGGUACGAGUGGAUCUGCCACAGCAUGUACCCGGCGAAGCCGUCGAACGUGGAGCUGAGGGCCACUGUCGGCGGCCCCCUAGUCACGCAGAAGUACUCGGCCGCGCUGCUCAACGUCAGCGCGAUGUCGUACGGGGCUCUCAGCGAUAACGCCAUCCUCGCGCUCAGCAGCGCCGCGAAGGCGGGCAGCUUCUACCACAACACCGGGGAGGGAGGCAUCUCGCGCUUCCACCUGGAGGGCGGGGGGUCUCUGGUGUGGAACGUGGGCACGGGGUACUUCGGCUGCCGCGGGGAGGACGGAAAGUUCGACCCGGAAAAGUUCCGAGAAAAUUCCACAAGGCCAAACGUCAAGAUGAUCGAGAUCAAGCUCUCGCAGGGAGCGAAGCCGGGGCACGGAGGAAUCCUCCCGGGGGCAAAGGUGACACCUCUCAUCGCCGAGGCGCGAGGGGUCAAGGUCGGGCAGGAUUGCAACUCCCCCCCGCUGCACUCGGCGUUCGGCGGGCCCAGGGGGCUCGUAGACUUCGUGGACCAGAUGAGGGAGCUGUCCGGGGGGAAGCCCGUCGGGGUUAAGAUGUGA